CCUUUUUCACUCAUAAGUUUUUUCCCAUCUUUGCCACACCCAACAACCCUUCUCUCUGUCUAUUUAUAGUAUGCGUGUAGCCACAUUUGUUUAGCAUUUUUCACAUCAAUGUCCUGAGACACAACAAUCUCUCUCUCUCUCUCUCUCUCUCUUCUCCCUCCUUGUUAAACCCUCUUCUAUUUCUUCUCCUCUUUUUCUCACAAUGGCGGCAACAACUUUUACUCCACAUCCGUCAUGUCUGUUGGCACCCCGAUCGAAUUUAAAUAGUUUUAGAAAAAACCAGUUGGGAUUUGAGCCUAGAAUCGAAGCAAAUCCCAUCAAACGGAGAGGAUUUGGGUUUUCCGUCGGUGGUGUUGGGAAAAUUAGCAGAGAAAGAGAAAGAGAGGCUUUGCAGAGGAGAUUGGAGGUGAGAUGUACGGCGGAGGGAAUAGAGAGGGGAAUGCUGGUGGGGAGGAAAUCAGGAGGAGGAGGUGGAGGAGAAGUGGAGGUAAAAGUCAAAGUCAACGUUCCGGAGAGGAUGAAGGUGGUGGCUAUGGUGGCUUGUGUUAUGUGUUUGUGUAAUGCUGACAGAGUCGUCAUGUCUGUUGCUGUCGUCCCAUUAGCUGCCAAGCUUGGCUGGUCCAGCUCUUUCCUAGGCAUCGUUCAGUCAUCGUUUCUGUGGGGAUACAUAUUCUCUUCGGUGAUUGGAGGGGCAUUAGCGGACAGAUAUGGAGGAAAGAGAGUGAUGGCAUGGGGUGUUGCUUUUUGGUCUUUGGCUACUCUCCUAACUCCAUGGGCUGCCAACCACUCGACAGCGAGCCUCUUGGCUGUUCGCGCCUUCUUUGGACUCGCUGAAGGUGUAGCCAUGCCCUGCAUGAGCACCCUCUUGUCCAGGUGGUUUCCAAGCCAAGAGAGAGCGAGUGCUAUUGGCAUUUCUAUGGCAGGAUUUCAUCUCGGCAAUGUCGUCGGGUUACUACUAACUCCAAUAAUGCUGUCAUCAAUGGGAAUUUCUGGCCCAUUCACUCUUUUCUCUUCUAUUGGGAUGCUCUGGUUGACAACAUGGGCAUUUAAAGUCUCAAAUGAUCCAAGAGAGAGCCGUUUUAUUAGCCAAUCAGAGCUCCGGUUAAUCCAAGCCGGGAAAACUGAUUCCCCAGUAAAGAGCAACAAAUUCCCAACUCUAUGGUUUCUUUUAUCAAAGUUACCAACAUGGGCUAUUAUUUUUGCCAAUAUAACCAACAAUUGGGGUUACUUCGUUCUUCUCUCAUGGAUGCCUGUUUAUUUCAAGACUGUAUUUAAUGUGAACUUGAAGCAAGCAGCAUGGUUUAGUGCUGUUCCAUGGGGAACAAUGGCGGUUUCUGGCUACAUUGCAGGUGCAACAUCAGAUUACUUAAUCUCGAAAGGCUACUCAUUGACAUUAGUUCGAAAAAUCAUGCAGUCCAUUGGUUUCAUCGGGCCUGGAGUGGCAUUGCUCUGCUUGAAUUAUGCAAAAACACCGGUGGUCGCUGCUGUACUCAUGACAAUAGCCUUAAGCUUAAGCUCUUUCAGCCAAGCUGGCUUUCUCCUCAAUAUGCAAGACAUUGCUCCUCAGUAUGCCGGAUAUCUCCACGGGAUUUCGAAUUCAGCUGGAACAUUAGCAGCGAUAGUCAGCACCGUAGGAACUGGUUAUUUCGUACAGUGGUUGGGGUCUUUUCAGGCAUUCUUAUCUGUCACCGCAGUUCUAUAUUUUGUAACAGCCAUAUUUUGGAACCUAUUUGCUACUGGAGAGCGCGUCUUCUAUGAUUGAAAUGGCUAACAUUUGAAACCACUGAAUUCGACAACAGAUAUCUUCUAGGAUAGAUAAGAUAGGAUGAGCAUGAAUUGUUCAAUGGAUUCGAAAUUUUUGUUUAUUUAUUCUUUUGCGUGUGCGUGACCGUAAGUCUUGUAUUUGGUCUGCGCACCAAGCAAGAACGUCAGUACCUCUACAUGCUCCAUCCUUGCCUUUUGUUGUUUGUCGUUUCCUCUAACUGUAUAUAUGUUAAUGUAUUUGUCAAAUCCAGCUUAAACGA